CUGGAGACGACUCCCAAAUUCGGGUCCUGCAGCUGCAGCUCGCCUAUGGCUGCCGAGCAGGAGGCCCUCGAUCAGAUGAUUGCGCCGCCCGACGAGGAAGAUUACUGCUGUGGAAGACGAUGACGCUUGGGGGUAUGAUGACAGGCAACAACUGGUGUCCUCUGCAUGUGCUUCAUCGAUUCCACCGGGAUUGAUGUGCAUGCUUGCAACAUGUUCGAUCAUAUUCCUCGCUGGACAUGCUCAAAUUCCACACCCUGUUGUUUGGGAUUUUACCUUGUGAUACUGCUACAAACUGCAAAAGACGCAGAGUGCUCCUUGUCAGAUAUCGCACGAUGAACACUCGUGGGUCUGUGUGGCGGCGCGCCUUUUGGCGUACCCCAGCAUCUAGUGCAAAGAAAACAAUUGAAGAGGCUGAAUGUGAUGUGUCACCGGAUUUAAGCCAAGUAAAAAUAAACAAGUCUGCAAACAAAGCUGAAACAGGGAAAUUAUUUAGUAGAAAUAGAGCUUGAAUGGCUCUCUAAGAGGGAAUCAUCAACUCCUCUCCACAGCAUGUUUGAUUUCUGUUAAUGUUAAAAGAUGUGCCUGAUUCAUCCUUUUUGAAAAAAAAAUGUCGUUUCCUCCACAUUAGGCCUUCAAAAUCUGGAAAGAAUUAAAACUACUGGUUCAGGUUGGUCGAUCAGGUCUCUGGUUUGUAAGGCCCAGAAUAUGGGUUCUGAUCCUGUGAUAGCGAUUGUUUUGUUGUGAUCCUUCCUAGUACAUUUGUAUUAUUGGUGCACAAAAAAGUUGAUAUCAACAUUUUUCUUGACCACAAGAAAUAUCAGGAACUGAGAGAAAGGAGAGAAAAGGACAGGGCCGUACUCUUGAACCACCCACUUGUUGUGAGGUGUUACUCACAGAUUCCACACCAGUGCUCCACCACAAAAUCCAUAAGAACUCUAAACAACAAUGAGAGCUAAGGUUCCAAGCUUGGCAGUUUCACGAUGCUGAUGCCAUUUCCAGCUCGGAUCUCUCAGACUAUACAUCCUGCCCCAAAGUUCUUUGGGUUGCAUCACUCCCAUGAUUGUAGAUGGUGGGGGGCUAGAAGUAAGGUGGUUUUUCCCCCUCUCUGUGCAAUUGGAGCCGGCAAUGGCGCUCCAUCUGGUGACAAUGUGAAGAAAAGACAGAUUGCGGAGCAUAUUAUUCUGCUUAGAACCAACCCUAACAUCUCCGAUGCUGAAGAAAAGGACAUGCUUGAUUACUUGUAUACAUGUCAGUAUCAGAUGAGAGGGAUACUUACAGUCUCAUUAGGCCGCAUAGAGGACCCUAAUAGUGAGAACUUCACGCAUGCUGUCUUCAUGCGUUUCCAGCAGAAAGAAGACAUUGCAAAAUUUCAAAGUAGCGCAUACUAUUCCAAAGUUCUCGAUGGCUAUGUGAAACCUGUUUCCUAUGGCUUGGUUUCUGUAGAUUUUGAAUCUGAGGUGGAAGAUGACAUUAUCCCUCUCUUCCGUAGAGGCGAGGAUUUUAACUACGGAGUUGAGUUUAUGUUGUUAAUAUCUUUCUCGGAGACUGCAUCCAAAGAGGCAGUGGAGGAUGCAUUAGCUCACCUUCAGAAUUUGAUCAUACAGUACAGUUCUUUUAUUGUGCAAGCAACCUUAGGUUGCUGUCUUAAUCAUAUCGACAAUCGGUACAGUCAUGCUGCAGUCAUCCGUUUUCCAUCACUUGACGACUUCAAAUUGUUCAGGGGGAGCAUCGAGUACAAGGAUAUGUGGGCAUCGAAGUUUCGUCAGUACACUACGAGGUCUCUCGACCUGUAUUUCAUCGUUGACCCGGUGGGCAACCAGCUCAUGUAGUUGCGCUUUCGAAAUUAAUGGACUGGACUGCCUCGGCUCGGUAGAGUUUUUAGUUUUUGAAAGGAAGAGAUGUUAAUUCCAAUUAUUCUCUUACAAGUUUGAUGUGUGUGUCACCUCACCAAUAUGCUCCUCCAUGCACUGCUAUGCUUAUAACCGUGUCCAGAUUGGUGAUCAUAUGUAAACUCUUUUCAUGUGACUAACUUCGGAUGAUUUGGACGA